UUCUGAUCUGGCAACACUAGUUGGCACGUUAGUUUGACAGUUGAUUUUGACAGUUCUUUCAUAAACCGAUUUUGGUACACGGAACUCCAAGAUCGCAAUGGCUAAACCCAAAGGCGAGAGGAAAGGCAAAUCUGCCAUAAACGAAGUUGUGACUCGUGAAUACACAGUGAACUUACACAAGCGCCUUCAUGGUGUAGGAUUCAAGAAACGCGCUCCCCGCGCCAUCAAGGAGAUCAGGAAAUUCGCUGAAAAACAAAUGGGCACCCCAGACGUCAGGGUCGACACUCGCCUAAACAAAUACCUGUGGUCUAAGGGAGUCAGGAAUGUCCCAUUCCGAGUACGUGUAAGGUUAUCCCGCAGACGCAAUGAUGAUGAAGACUCAGCCCACAAGCUGUUCACUCUCGUCACAUAUGUGCCUGUUGCAUCCAUCAAGGGCCUGCAGACAGAAAAUGUUGACGCUAGCCAAGAAUAAACAUUUAUAUUAAGCAA